AUGAAAUCUGUUCCAUACGUAUGUUAUGGUAAUUGUUUGUACGUUGAGUCAAAAAUAGCUAAUGUCACAGGUAUUUCAGGAGUUAAUAGUAAAGGUUCAGUAGAAUAUAAAUCCUUCUGUUAUGCAGUCAAUUCAAUGUUCAUUCCAAACGUUCCUGUCAUAGCAACUCAUUUAGGUAAAUGGGUUCGCAUUAGUCCUCAUAAUUUGAAAGACAUGCAAUUCAGACUUGUUGACUUUCAAGGAGAGCCUGUAGAACUGAAGGCACCAGUGCGAAUGACUGUUGAAGUUGACUUUUUAGAAAAUAUUAAAUGCAACAGCUUACAAGAGAACUCAGAGCUAAAAAUAUAA